UCAUCCCGGGCAAAAUAGAAUGUCUUAUCAACUACAGUAGCCUACUAAUAAUUGUAAUAAUAUAACUGCAUGAUGACUGAGAAUGAGUGUCAUUAAUUACAUAGCCAUUAAAGUGAUCUUGGAACUGGGUAGUCUUCUUUUUGUAAAAAUGUGCCAAUUGUGAACCCAUAUCGCGGAACAGCCCGAGAUGAAGCCUCGAGCGUCACAAGCUACAUCAUUUCGCCUACGGAGCUUCGUUCGGGGAACGAGCCGAGGUACUCCGACACACGCCCCGAUGCCUCGACGCAAACCAUAACAUCACUAGCUACCGAUGUGGUGCCAGCAAGCUCCUACAAACAUGGGGGCCAAGCCAAAAUAAAUAUAAAAUAUUAUUCAAUGUGCAAAUAAAAGAAAACCCAAAUUAAUACGCCUGGGAGGGGGACCGCUCCACCACCCUUCACCACUUCGGAGGAGCUGGCUCUCGCCAAUAACGAAGGUCGGCCGAUGAUGGUGGAAGGGGGGAUGUCCUCUGACCCCACUGUCUCGACACGACAAUCCAAUGCGUUUGUAAUGAUUGAAGGUACAAACAUUAUUUUGGAGGAGCCGCCGACAAUCAAUCUCCAAUCAGAGCCCAGCUGAGACCAUGACUAACUUCAGCGUGCAACCAUGGAGAUCACCAACUCCAGCCCCAGCGUCCUCUUGGACCAGGGUAAGCACUUCAGCGAUUGAUAAACAACAUCAGGGUGUUGAAACAUGUUGCUAAAUAGUCGUGGCCAGUCCUUGGUCAUAUUGGUGUUUGUUUGGGUGCUGUCAGAAUGUCACUUGUCUCUGUCCCCAUCCUCAGGAUGUACAUGCCGAGCGGGCAAUGCUCGUUGCCCCCGUCACCCCUUCUGAUGUCAGACUCCAGCGGCAGCGUCUUCCGUCACCGGCCCCUUUGGCCACGACUUUAUGGCUGUAUUCACCUACAAUCCUGCUGGCCAACACAUGCUGGCCGUCUGGUUUCCACGUGCCCGUACCCAGAAGAGAGGAUUCACGACCUUCGCUGUGGCCAUCAUUGACCGGACCAAGUGCGACGACAAUCUCCUCAAACUCAUGACCAAGGGCUCAGAGAAAGGCCCUCUGAGGCCAGCAAGGCGAGUGUCUCCUGUAACGGCUUUGUGGUCCGAGCCACCAUGUCUGACACAUUCAAUGCCGUGCUGAAGGUGGAGUCAGCAACGUUCCCCUUUCUAACUAAGGGGUGAAGGUCGGCCCCUGUAGUUUCAACCACAUCAAUCAGAUGGUCCGUCAUGAAACCAGGUUUUAAAAUCAAUACACAACAAUUGGUGUCUGUGUAGGUUACCCUCUUAAUAAAUGCAUUAAAGCCUUAAACACGAUAAUCAAGUGUUGUGUCAAUACUUACACCUCUGCUUAUCUUAAUUCUUUACUUAUUUUUUGUUCACAUUACCACAUUUUUCGAAAAUAAGGCCACAUUUAUUAUAACGCCUCUGCCUUUUCGCCUAACGCCUCUCAGGGCGCAAAUGUAGGCCACAACGACUCUACGAGUGGGGGUUUACUGGAGCGCUCUGUCCGGUUUCGUCAGAGGUCCCCACACUUACCCAAUCAAGGACUGAGUAGGAAGAGUGAGGGAUGAGUGCUGGAGGAUGAACCCCGCGUGAUGUUUCCCGUCCUGAUGAUUAACAAGCCCUUAAGAGCGUUGCCUUGUGACUUGUUUGCUCAGGUACAGGUGUGGUCCAACUUCUGGUGAGUUCCAGGGAGAGAACAGGGACGGGGGGGAGCCAAUCAGAAGGAGCGACACUGAGGCCGGGGCCAAUGAAGGCAGUGAUAGUGCGUGUGGGAGAUAAGGUACAAGUCGCCUGGCACACCAGGUCUUGAUUACCUGAGUCAAUAAAAACCUCAGGUUGGUGAGAGGUGCAGCACAAGGUGACCGGUACCCAUUCAGAGCAACACUCUUCAAGCCCACACUCGGACCUCCUCAUCGUCGCUGGCCUCAUCUUCUGCAAACUCUUCCAGGCCCUCUUGUCAUAUACGGUCCGUUUCGGAAGUGAAAAAGCCCAGCAGAGAACAUGCCUCACCGCAGCUGCACCGUGGAGAUCAACAACUCCUCUGGGUCGUACAGCCUCUCUGACCCCAGGGUGUUCAUGGAGAGCGGGUGCUGCGAGGUGCCCCUGCCCCCCAUGGUCGGCCCGUGCUCCCAGGCCAGCGCCUUCUUCAACAAGACGGAGGGCGCGGCCACGGGCGCGGUGGGCGUGUUCACCUACAACCUGUUCAACUACGAUCUCAACGACUACAGCCACUUGCUGGCCGUCAUGUACUCCGUGCCCUACGACCGCAUCCUCUACUCCAACUGGUGCGCCGUGGGCGUGUUCGAGCGCGGCACCGAGUGCGACUACAGCCUGUACGACGCCUUGUACAACGGCUCCGAGGACCGCUUCGCCCGCGCCAAGGCCGACGGCGGGGGCGUGUCCUACGAGGGCGACUACGUGGUGGUCGGCGCCUCCAUGUCUGACUCAGGGGAGGCCGUGGUGAGGGUGGACAUCAACGACCUGGGCAUGUACUAGGGCCGGGAGGUGGGGGAGGUGGAGGAGGUGGAGGAGUGGGACUAGACUAGGACAGGGGGAGGUGGAGGAGGGGAAGGAGCAUGGCUAGACAAAGACAGGGGGAGGUGGAGGAGGGGGAGGAGGUGAGCUAGACUAGGACAGGGGAGGUGGAGGAAGGGUGGUGCUGUGUGUGUGAACCCUCCCGUGGUUUCAAUCAAAUCGUAUCUUGAUAAUAAAAGGUAAUAAUGAUAAAGGUGAUCGUUAUCUUUUAACCGGUGCACUAAAGCCCACUAACGACAUUCAACAGCGGUUGGCGUCAUUCUUUAUUGCUAGGAAGUCAUUUAUCAUUUGAAUUAAAGAAAUUAUAAUUUUA